AUUGUAAUGCGAUUCUUCUUUGAAACAAUUUCCGCUCUUAACCAAGUCAAUUUCUCCCUUCUACAAAUAUUUUCCUAGGCUUGCUUUGAACCCCUCAACAGAGCAAUACACACGACCUUCAAGUCUCUGAUUUUUCAUGGGUUUGGGGUUUCCCUUUAACCGCCAAAACCAUUUAUUCCAGUAGCGGCAAGGGGAGAGCACGGUAUUAAAGAAUUGUUCUUUGAGGUUUUGGGCACUUACCCUUUUACAUCUUCACCUUCUUCUGAAAUGGGUUGCUGUUACUCUUUGCCGUUUGAUUGUCUAUGAAUGUGAAUUGUUUUUAGCUUUUCUUAUGCUUGUUUUUGGAGAGAGCAAGCUUUGACUUGCAACUUGGCUGACGUCGUCUGUGUUCUGUACUAUGGCUAAUUACAAGAAACCCCGUUUCAAAGAUGCAGCUUUUAAACGUUUCCUCUCUGUAGUUUUAGGUACUCUAUUACUGGUUUCACUUUUAGUAGUUUCUCUUGGGACCAAUGCAACGCCAGGUUCAAGUGGAUUGGAUGAAGAUUUAAGUGAAAGUGUUGUUAAUAUUCAGAGUUUUAGGGAAAAACUCAACCUUCCUAAAGAGAAUGAUUUUUCAAUUCGAUUGGAGAAACAAAACCGGUUGCCCCCUAGGAAUAUAGAUCUAUAUCCAAGGUUAGCCAAAGAUCAUAUAACCAUUGUUUUAUACGUGCAUAAUCGGCCUCAAUAUCUCCGAGUAGUUGUUAAUAGCUUGUCCAAGGUUGUGGGGAUAAGUGAAACUUUAUUAAUUGUCAGCCAUGAUGGAUACUUUGAAGAAAUGAACAAGAUUGUGGAAGGGAUCAAGUUUUGCCGAUUGAAACAGAUCUUUGCCCCUUAUUCGCCCCAUGUAUUUACUGACAGUUUUCCUGGUGUGUCGUCGAAGGACUGUCAAGAAAAAGAUGAAGCUGGGAAGAAACAUUGUGUUGGGAAUCCAGAUCAGUAUGGAAACCACCGGUCUCCAAAUAUAGUUUCUUUGAAGCAUCAUUGGUGGUGGAUGAUGAACACUGUGUGGGAUGGAUUGAAGGAGACUAGAGGGCACGAUGGACAUAUUCUUUUCAUAGAGGAGGACCACUUCAUUUACCCCAAUGCAUAUCGCAACUUACAGCUUCUUGUAUCACUGAAGCCUAACAAAUGCCCAGAUUGCUAUGCUGCAAAUCUGGCACCCUGUGAUGUGAAUUUAAGAGGAGAAGGAUGGAAUAGUUUGGUUGCAGAGAGAAUGGGAAAUGUGGGUUAUGCCUUCAACCGGACUGUAUGGAGGAAAAUCCAUGGGAAGGCUAAAGAGUUCUGCUUCUUUGAUGAUUACAAUUGGGAUAUAACAAUGUGGGCAACCGUCUAUCCUUCGUUUGGCAGUCCAGUGUACACGUUACGAGGUCCAAGGACUAGUGCAGUUCACUUUGGGAAGUGUGGUUUGCAUCAGGGCCAAGGGAAGACUAAUGCUUGCAUUGAUAAUGGAUCGGUGAACAUUCAAGUAGAUGACAUUGAUAAGGUUGCUAAUAUCAGACCAGAAUGGGAUGUUAAAGUAUAUCAGAAUCAACCAGGGUAUAAAGCUGGGUUUAAGGGUUGGGGUGGCUGGGGGGAUAAUAGAGAUCACCGAUUGUGCUUGAAUUUUGCUCAAAUGUACCAUUAAUUUAACACUUAUUAUUCAACUGUCAUGAGUUGAGACUUCAGCAUCUCACUUUUCCCACUGUUGUAACUGGUGAGACCUGGAUAUUUUCUUUUUCCAAUAGUUCAGAGAAAUACAUGUAUUAGAAGUUGUUAUACUUUUGUA